AUGAAGAUCAAGAACAGACAUCGUAAAUCAUUUGCUUUGCGCUGUUGUGCAACUAUGAGGUCCCCUUUACCUAUCAUGGUCUGUAGCAUGGUGGGAUGCAUCAUGAUCAUCCAUUUCUACAUGGUAUCCCAUCGAACUGACGUUGAGAAGAGCCAAGCCCGGUUAAGACAAAUUUCUGCCACCAGAGAACUCGGACAGACUGAGGAGGAGAGCUUUCAGUUGCCCCCUCCCAGAAGCAGGAGAUCUCCGCGUGCUAUUAAGAGGAGGGGGCCAAGGAAGCCACCCACUGUAAUUGAUGAAUUCUUGGAUGACUCCUCAGAGUUGCGGAGCUUCUUCUUCCCUCACAGGAGAACAGCAGUAGACCCAUCAAAGGAAGGGAAUGAUAGUAUGCAUUUCUAUCCCGGAAGGCAAUGGUUAGACACCGAAGGGAAUCCAAUUCAAGCCCAUGGAGGUGGGCUACUGUACGUUGAAAGUACAGGUACUUACUACUGGUAUGGAGAAAACAAAGAUGGCCCAACCUACCAAGCACAUAGAAAAGCAUCUGCACGGGUCAGUUUUAUUUCUGAUAUCCGUCAUGAAUUGUCCCACUUUGUUUACUUUUGAUAGUUCUUUUACCAAAAAAAUUGCCCAUUAAAAUGUGCCUCAUGUGCCUCUUUUCAUUGUUUGCUUCCACUUUUGGGUAUUGUUUCUCUGUCUACUUUGAUUAGAGAUGGGAAAUAAACCAAAGAAAUGUUAUUUUUAUUGUGGAUUAUGUUAAAUUUUGAUAAUCAAUAAUUGAUCUACGAACAUAUCGGCAAAUGACAUGUAUGUGUAUAAAUAUAUCUUGUGGAUUUCUCUUCAAUGAACAUUCAAUCAAACGGGGUGCCUGCCUAUCAAAGCAUCUAUAAAAGCUUGGAAAAUGCUCGGUGGUAGUGUUGUCAUACUGUUACUUUGUGUGAUGCUGAAUAUUUUAUGAAGAUUUAUUCACAUCAGAUUGGCAUAUAAAUUUAAUAAUAAUUUUACAUGUGGUGAUAUAAGAUGCUGAUGUCAGAAUUCAUCAUUGGAAUCAAAUAUUUGACUACAAAUAUGAAUGAAAUCAGAAUCUGAGUCUUUGUCACUGAAUAUCUUCAUGUCUCAGGGUUCUUUCUAGCUUGUUCCAUGACAAAUAAUUUAAAACAGAAUGAAAAAAGCACACAAGAUGAAUUUAUCUAUUUCUUUGACCGAAAGAGGAGACCAACAACACAAUCUGUCAGGCUACCCAUUCGAAAAAUGGCAGAGGAGAAAAACAACCAAUUUGUUUGAAUAUCCCAUUCUGGGUGCAGUGCUCAGGAAGUUGUAGGAUUGGAUCUUGUCACACUAUGGAUCAAGCAUUUUUGCAAAGAUGAUGCAAAAGAGCUUGAAGAUUACUGGACUAGAUAGUUGGGAGCAGUCAAUUUAAGAUUACCAGCUGGAUUUGGAUGGCUGCAUUUGGUUCAUAAUUAAUUGAUUCCAGACGAACCAGGUUGCAGGAUGGACAUGGGGUUUGUUAGUUCUAGCAAAAUUGUCAAGGGCAUUGCUCAAGGAGCCCUAGAAAUGGUGGGGACUUCGAGGUUUAAUCUCGUAAUCAUAUGGGUCAUUAUUUACUUUCAUUGGAUAUGGCGUUCUACUGUGUCAGAUACUAUAGGCUGACUAUAUUCUGGUCAAACUACAUCGCAUUUAUUAGACUUAUCGUCAGAUUUAUCAAUUAGUAGGUAUUUGGGUCGAUAUUUAUCUGAAUGGAUAUGAUAUUCAGGAAUAUAUACAUAUAUAUGAGAAAAAGAAGUCAACUUGGGUGACCAGACUAUGGAGUAGCCUUUGGGCCACUUUUUUUGGGGUUUGACUCCGAAUAUUUUGAUUGAGUUGUGCUUGAUUUUUCUACUAAAUAUUAUUCUUCAUCGGCUGCAUGAACUAACUAUGAUGCGUUGACUCCAUCCUUGAAAAAAAAAAAGGUCCUCUCGAGACCCCGGACGUUGACUUCGUUUUUUUCUUCCUCCCCUCCUCAACCAGGUUGACAUCAUCGGGGUCAACUGCUACUCCUCCAAGGACCUGUGGACCUGGACGAACGAGGGGAUCGUCCUCUCCGGGGAAGAAACAAACACCACCCACGACCUCCACAAAGGGAACGUCCUCGAGAGGCCCAAGGUCAUCUUCAAUGACCGAACGGGGAAGUACGUGAUGUGGAUGCACGUCGACGACGCCAACUACACCAAGGCCGCCGUCGGCGUGGCGGUCAGCGUCUCCCCCACGGGGCCCUUCGAGUACCUCUACAGCAAGCGUCCCCACGACUGCGAGAGUCGCGACAUGACCGUCUUCAAGGACGACGACGGCACCGCCUACCUCAUCUACUCCUCCGACGACAACAGCGAGCUCCACGUCGGGCCCCUCACCGGCGACUACCUCGACGUCACUGGCGACAUGCGCCGGAUUCUCAUCGGUCAACGGCGGGAGGCGCCGGCAGUGUUCAAGCACCGGGGAACCUACUACAUGAUCACCUCCGGCUGCUCCGGCUGGGCGCCGAACACGGCGAUGGUGCACGCGGCGGAGACGAUGAUGGGCCCGUGGGAGACGAUGGGGAACCCAUGUGCCGGCGGCAACAAGAUCUUCAGGGCGACGACUUUUUUCUCGCAGGGGAGCUUCGUGGUGCCGCUCCGGGGAUUGCCCGGGUGGUUCAUCUUCAUGGCUGACCGGUGGAACCCCUCCGAUCUGAGGGACUCGAGGUACGUGUGGCUGCCGGUGGGAGUUGGCGGCGCCGCCGAUGAGCCGCUCGAGUACAGCUUCGGGUUCCCGCUGUGGUCGAGGGUGUCCGUGUACUGGCACAGCCGGUGGCGGCUGCCGGAGGGCUGGCGGGGAUUCCGGUGA